CACGGGCCUAGUAGCCAUUUCCGCGCUCGAGUCACCGCGCGCCGGCGGCCUCCAGAAGCUGGUAUGUCGACUGUCCUGCAGAGCAUCGAGCGGCUGUCCAGUCGGGUGGUGCGCGUCCUGGGCUGUAACCCGGGACCCAUGACCCUGCAGGGCACCAACACCUACUUGGUAGGGAUCGGCACCAGGAGAAUCCUCAUUGACACUGGAGAACCAGCAAUUCCAGAAUACAUCAGCUGUUUAAAGCAGGCUCUGACUGAAUUUAACGCAACAAUCCAGGAAAUCAUAGUGACUCAUUGGCACCGUGAUCAUACUGGGGGCAUAGGAAAUAUUUGUAAAAACAUCAAUAAUGACACUGCAUAUUGCAUUAAAAAACUCCCACGGAUUCCUCCAAGAGAAGAAAUUAUAGGAGAUGGAAAGCAACAGUAUGUUUAUCUGGAAGAUGGAGAUGUGAUUAAAACUGAAGGUGCCACUCUCAGAGUUAUACACACACCUGGCCACACUGAUGAUCAUAUGGCUCUACUUUUAGAAGAGGAGAAUGCAAUCUUUUCUGGAGAUUGCAUCCUAGGGGAAGGAACAACUAUAUUUGAAGACCUCUAUGAUUAUAUGAACUCCCUAAAACAGCUAUUGAAACUCAAAGCUGAUAUUAUAUAUCCAGGACAUGGCCCAGUAAUUCAUAAUGCUGAAGCUAAAAUUCUAGAAUACAUUGCUCACAGGAAUAUCCGAGAACAGCAAAUUCUUACAUUGUUUCGUGAUAAUUUUGAAAAAUCAUUUACAGCAAUGGAGAUUGUAAAAAACAUUCACAAGAAUACUCCUGAGCAUUUAUAUAAAAUGGCUGAACAUAAUGUCUUGCUGCAUUUGAAAAAAUUAAAAAAAGAAGGAAAAAUACGAAAAAUAACAACCACCAGAAUCCUUCCUUGAACAUCACUGUAAGAUGGAGAAACAAGCACUAGGAAGGGUUAGUAGUGAAGGGCCAGUGGACCACAAAUUGGAACCUAAAGCUCCCACAGGAAUUAGAAUUUUGCUUAGGGGUUGCAGUUCUUACCCACCAGAACUACAAUCAAAGGCAUGUAACGGGAAGAUACCCUCUCUUCUCCCGACCACAAGACCACAAAGAAUUUCACAUGCAGAAGGUUUGGGAACAGCCAGACGUUUUAGCAGUAGUAAAGGUAGUAAACUCAAAAACAUUAAAGCAGUAAUUCUAUAAGUGUUUACUAGUGUUAGAUUAAUUCAUCAAAUUAACAAUCUUUAUAGAAAUUUAAUCCUUAAAAUCAAGAAGCUCAAAACUUGAAUUUUGUGUAGAAGCUUUUUUGUAUGUACAAAAAAAUACCACCUUUAUAUUAAGCAACAAAAUUAUUUUAGGAAUUAAUGCUUUUUCUAGCCACAAAAUAACUUAAAAUCCAUUAUAUUUGCUUAUCUGUUGUUAAAUUUUCACUCUCUAAUUUUCUUUCCACAGUUAGCAACACAGAUCCUGAGAAGAAAUGGAAAGCUAAUCUUUAGUUUCAGAUUAAUGAAAGCUUUUGUUGGUUUUAUUUUUAGAGAAUGGUAUGUUUUCUUAACUAUAAUUAUUUAUAGGGAAUAUAGAGUAUAGAACAUUGAAAAUAAUCCUAAGUAUACUUUAAAAUAAUGUCUUAUUCCUUCUAAAAUAUAUAUUACAUUUUACAUGUAUAAUAUAGCUUGCUUAUCUAAUCUGAGUGUUACAACAUUUUACCAAAAAUUCAGAAUCCAACAGUUUAUCCAUGUUCAACAGAUUUAUGGUUACUUUAAAAAUAAUAAAAUUUAUAUAAGUUAAACUGGGUAUUAUUCUUGGAGAUUAGUUAUCUAUUACAAAUGGCCAAUAAUAGUAUUUUCUCUAGCUGCUUCAGUUAACAGCACAGAUUUCUGUGUAAUCCUUCUUUACAUCUGUAGAUAACAGCUUUGUUUUCAUGUUUCUAUCAAUUGUAUUAUGAUUUUGCUUUAGUUCUAUAGCUCUGUAUCCUGUAUAUUUUUUUAUAAUGAUAUCUCACAAAUGAUUCAUGAACAUCAACUUACAGUAAUUGAAAAAAUUAAAUUCCUAAUUAAAAGCAUUAUAUAAUAAUUAUUUUUGUAAUCCAUUAGUACAACUUACUUUUCAAGUUUAGAUUUUAGUAUAUAAAUAGCUAUCAUAUAAAUUAUAUACCAAAAAAAAUUUUUUUUAAUUAGAGGAUUUAUAAGACAGGGCAUUUUAUAUACAAGUAGUGUUCUUAAAUAUAGGAGUUAGGUUCUCAGGGUAGCCCAGCAAUGAUUAUUUAACCCACAAGAUUGCCAAACUGCAGUACUAAAAUGAGCUCAGAAUCCUGAGAAUGUCCUUUUUUUAAUUCUUCACUAAAGGUAAAACUUUAAAAAUUUUUCUUAAACUUUCUUUGACAUCCUCACCUUUUUCUGCCACUUUUCCCAAGGUCCCUAGGAUUUUCAUACUAUCGUAACACUUGUUUUCAUGCCUUAGAAACCUGUUGUGUUCCUGAAACCAUUUUAUAUUACAAAAUAACUCAACAACAACAAUAACUCCAUUCAAAAAUGGGCAAAGGACUGGGGCGCCUGGGUGGCUCAGUUGUUAAGCAUCUGCCUUCGACUCAAGUCAUGAUCCCAGGGUC